AUGGCUACUACCAAUGGAGGGGCCGCGAUCGAGCAGUAUACGAUUGAGAAAGAGGCACAGCAUCUCUCCAAUGGCGACGUGAAAGUGAACAGUUGGUCUGCACCAGGCCCAGCAGCUUUCGACUUCCGCAGCGAUGUAGUGACCACACCCACCGCCCGAAUGCUCGCCGCAAUAACCUCGACCUCCCUCCUCGACGACGUCUUCCAAGAUGAUCCCACGACAAAUAACCUGGAAUCCUUCAUCGCAGACCUCACAGGCAAGGAAGCCAGCCUCCUCGUCCUGAGCGGCACAAUGGGGAAUCAAGUCUCGAUCCGUACACACCUCGCUGCACCACCGCAUAGUGUGAUAACAGACCACCGUUCACACAUCCUAGAGUGGGAAGCUGGAGGUGUUGCAUCGCUGUGUGGGGCACUGGUCAAGGGCGUGGUGCCCAAGAAUGGACGAUAUCUGACGCUGGAGGAUGUGAAGAAAGCGGCUAGUAUACCCAGUGGAGAUCUACCGCAUGAUAUCCAUUCUUGUCCUACGAGAUUGAUAAGUCAGGAGAAUACGUUGGCGGGGAUGAUCACGCCACUGGAGGAAUGUCAGCGGAUUGCAGCAUGGGCGAAAGAACACAAUAUCAUCAUGCAUUUGGAUGGAGCGAGGUUGUGGGAAGCAGUUGCUUCUGGGGCAGGGAGCUUGAAGGAGUAUUGUGCUUGUUUUGACAGUAUAUCCCUUUGCUUUUCGAAAGGUCUUGGGGCACCCAUUGGUAGUAUUAUUGUGGGUACACAUGAGUUUGCAAGACGAGCGAGAUGGGUGAGGAAAUCGAUUGGCGGUGGACUGCGACAAGCAGGCGUCGUUACCGCUGCCGCCCGCGUAGCAGUGGAAGAUACGUUCUUAGGUGAAAAGCUGAAGGCGAGUCAUGAGCGUGCACGAGAGAUUGCAGCGAUGUGGGAGAAGUGUGGUGGCAAGACUACGAAUGCCGUGGAGACGAAUAUGGUGUGGUUUGAUCUAGAAGCGGCCGGGAUCAGUACCGAGGAUUUCAUCAAGGAGGGUGAGAAGGUGGGAUUGAGAUUACUUGGUGGGAGGUUGGUAGUGCAUUAUCAGAUUGGGGAGGAGGCGGUGCAGAGGUUGGAGAAGUUGCUGAGGGUUGUGUUGAAGGGCGAGACUGUUAAUGGGACGGUCGAGCAUGAUCCAAAGAAGAUGCAGAUACCUGUUGAGUAG